AUGAUGAAAAAUGAAUCUACUGAGAUAGAUAAAUUCAGUGAAAAUAUUAAAGACGACGAAGACGUAACCUUUCCAAAUGAACAAUCAGAUUAUCAUUAUAAAUUUUUAGAAAGGUAUAGUAUUGAGCUUAGAAAGGAUUUAUUAAAUUGGUAUUACAAAUAUAGAAGAAAAUUGCCAUGGAGAGGUGAUGAACCCCCUUUUACAACAAGUGUUCAGUUGAAUGAGAAAAGAAAACAAGUGGAUAUUAGAUGUUUUUUUGGUAAGCAUACAAAGGAUGAGCUCAAAAUAAAAAACAUGAAUUCAGAUAAUGUUAAAGAUCAUGAGAAAACAAAAGGUACAAGAAUUACAAAAAUAAAAAAAGAACACAAUGAGUUAUCAUUAGAAAGGUGUAAAAGAUUAAAAAAGGAAGAUAAGGAUGAGAAAAAAAAAUAUAAUCCAUUAAGUGAUACAUUAAAAUGUGAUAAUAUUAAAUCAUUACAGGAUGAAAUAAAAAAUAAUAAUAUUAUUAAUAUGGAUAAUAAAAAAAUUUGUAAUAGCUCUUUUCUCGUUUGUGAAGAGGAAAAGAAACAUAAUUUUACAAAUAAUCUUAUAUAUAAUAAAGAACAUUUAAAAAUAAAAGGAUAUCAAAUAUAUAUUAGUGAAAUUAUGCUUCAACAAACUAAGGUACAUAAAGUUUUAAAUUUUUAUUUAAAAUGGAUGAAUAAAUGGAAUAAUAUUUUUGAUUUAGCAAACUGUAAUUUAGAUGAUGUACUUAUUUUGUGGAAAGGAUUGGGAUAUUAUAACAGAGCUAAAAACCUAUUGGAAUGUUGUAAAAUUGUUGUUAAUAAAUAUAAUGGUAUAUUUCCAAAUGAUUUAAAAUUGUUAAAAACAUUACCUGGUAUAGGUGAUUAUACUUCAAAAGCUAUUUGUAUACAUUUAUAUAAUAGGAAGGAUAUUUGUAUUGAUACAAAUAUUAUUAGAAUAUUUUCUCGUAUUACUGAUACUAUAAAUUAUUAUAAUUCAGGCACAUUAUUAAAACAUUGCGAAAAAGUUAGCCAAAUAUUAUGUACAGGUGAAUCCAAUUAUUCUGACCUUAGUCAGGCACUUAUGGAUUUAGGCUCAAGUGUGUGCAACAAUUCACCUGACUGUUCAGAAUGUCCAAUAAAUAAAUAUUGUAUGAUUUAUUUAAAAUCCAAUAAAAAGAAACAACAUAAUUUAUUUGAUAUGAAACAUCCAGAACAUUGUAACGUAUGUGUUAAUGAUCGAAAUGUUGAGAUUAAAUAUGUUCCUUUAGCUAAAAGGAAAAAAAAAACCGAUAAAGUAUGUCUUGUUUUGUUAAUAAAACAAGAUCGCCAACAAAAAAAUAACAAUAUGAAUAAAAAUAAUAAUAUGAAUAAAAAUAAUAAUAUGAAUAAAAAUAAUAAUAUGAAUAAAAAUAAUAAUAUGAAUAAAAAUAAUAAUAUGAAUAAAAAUAAUAAUAUGAAUAAAAAUAAUAAUAUGUGUAAAAAUAGCUGUACAAAAAAGCUAGAAAAAAAAAAAAAAACAGCUAGCCGACAAAUUAAGGAUUCCUACUUAGAAGAUACAUAUAUGAUGAUUAAAAACACUGACUCGAAUUUAUUUUCCAUGCAUUAUUUAUUUCCAUUUAUAUUACUUGAUACGUAUGAUAAGAAGGAUUGUGCGAAGCAUUUUAAUGAUCUUUUAAGAAGCCUGAAUGUGACAAAUACGGAAAAAAACCGUUACCUAUAUAUAAAUAAUUUCAAACACAAAUUUUCUCAUCUUACUUAUCAUACGCAUAUAUAUUUAUGUACUGUCUCCGACUGGGAAAAUAUGCCUAAGAAUAAUGAAGAAAGGAAAUGGGUUAUACUGAAAGAUAUCAGGAAUUUUACUCAUAAUACGUUUUGUCAAAAUAUAAUUGAUAGUUACAAAAAAAGUUUGAAUGAAAAAAUAAAUGGAUUGUCCGAAUAUUGUAUAUAA